CAGACAAUCCCACGUGGGUCGCGAGCCCCGGUUGGAGAACCUGUACUUAUUUGUGUUUAAACUGUUGCCGUGGUCCUGCAAACGAUUUUAAAUCAAAACGCAACAUUGAGUUCCUGCUUGACAACGGAUCAACAACCAACAUCGUCUAUCAAGCUCUCAAGGAAAGAAAAAAAAGAAGAAAACACGAUGGAUUUCAGAAGAUUUCUACCUGGACUGAAGACCUGGAAUGUGCACGAGAUCGCCUGCGCUGCGGGGCUGAUUGCUGUGUGUGCGCGUGCAGGAUACCUUGUUUACCGGCACUUGCGGAGACAGCGCGCUCCUCCCGACCACCCACAGCUUCGUCCCGAGUCUGUUAACGUAGUGAGAGAUCCUCCUCCCUCUGUCCUGCAGGUCAUCGAACCAAAAGUACAGCUGCCGCCCACCGAAUCUCAUCACGACACUUCAUCUGUCGCUCUGAUUUCACAGCAUCCCAGUGCUUGUGAGCUGAACAGAGCCUGUGGCGAUGAUCAGCUUUUGUCUACAAACUCCUUCAGCUCCCAGUCUGAGUCAGUGGACAUUAACAGAGACUUCCUCGAGAUGAUCAGUGGUCCAGGGAGUCGGCUCUGCCUAUUUGAGGCCACAGAGACCCACAGCUUGAGUCUCGAGGAAUUCUUUCACAUCCCUGACACUGAGGACUGUCUUCCUGACAUACAGGUCCAUGAGCCGUACCUUCAGCUGCCUCCCGCCGCAUCGCACAGCGACCCUUCAGCCGCCGUUCCGGUGACCUGCACGUACCUUCAUGCUGCCGCAGAUGGUCAGCUGGACACCUGCACUUGGGAGAGCAAAGAUCUUCGGUCUCCCCACGGUGAUGCACAGAGUCAGUCUGACUCUGAGGAAUGUGAGGAGACCCCAGAGGAGGUGGAGGUGCCCUUUAUUAGCUGCCAUCUUUCCCAGAGAGGGGUGACUGAGGUCGGCGUGAAGCUGCCUGCUCUCCGCCAGGCAUUUGCGACGCUGCUUGCCAGCACUCACAAUCAAAACUUCUUGAUUGUGGCUGGGAAAAAGAUUGUGAUGCGACUGGCAGCAGCUAACAACAAGGAAGCACGUCACGUGCGGCUGGCCUACGAGGCUCUGAUCCAAUUCCUGAGGACUCCAUCUAACCAGGAAUCCAUUGCAGCGGAGCUCUCCGCGGCCAAAAUCCACCACUACAACUUUGUGGAUGUGUUUUACGAGCUGCUCGUCUUCGGAUAUGUUAUAAACGGCUCAGAACCUCAAACAUUUGCAGGAGCAUUUUUGGAGCAACUGAUUGCACUCGUCAACAUGUGGGACUCAGAUGUGUGGGAGCCUGCAGCAGCGCUUUGUUUCGCAGAGGUUAUCGACCAGCUGAAGGAGCUUUUUGACGAUCUGUUUGCUCUGCCCCGGGACCUGUACUCCGACCCAGCAGCUUUAGCCCCUGCAGUUCGUCAGCUUCUCCUGCAGCAUGUCCAGCUGUUGAAGGACACUUUGGAGACGCUUUGAGCUACGUGUUGCCCUCCCCUUAACACUUCCCCAUUCCCUGCCACCCCUCACUUCAAACACAUGUACAAAAAAAAAAAACACACGCGUACACACACACACACGCGUUUAUUAAUUAUUACAUUGUUAGAUGACAAAAUUAUUUACCGUCCACAAACAGAAACACCUGUACACCUGCUCAUUGGUGUAUUUACCCUAUCAAUCAUGUGGCAGCAGCACGGUACAAAAAAAAUCCUGCAGACAUUUUCAAGAGCUUCAAUUAAUGAUUACUUCAUACAUCAGUAUGUGAAAAAGUGUAAUCUCUGUAUUAAUCUGAAGGAUUUUCACACACCAACCCACCUGGUACCAUCUUCCAUGCCAUGAUUAGUCACAGAGAUCAGACCUUUCCCCAUUCUGAUGUGUUAUGUGAACAUCAUAACUGAAGCUCUUGAUAUGUCUGCAUGACGGUAUGCAUUGUGCUGCUGCCACAUAAUUGGUUGAUUUAGAUAACUGCAUAAAUGUGCAGGUUUACACGUGUUUCUAUUAACGUGGACAGUGAGUGUAAGUAAUAUUACUCUCGCAAGACAUUUCAGGCUUUUUUUUAAAAAAUUAUUUUGGGACACUACUACACCACCACCACCCCCCACCACCACCCCCCCCCCCCCCCACACACACAUUGCUGAAACACUCCACAGGUAAGUAUAAAUACAUUUUGUUAGAUUUUGAAAAUGAAUAACAUUAAGAAGCAGAUUUUGUCACCCCCUAAUCCCUCAUUGUAGAACUCCUCUGUAAAGAGUUCUGUGUCUGUAAAUAGUUUUCAUUUAGUGUAGUGCUUAUAGAGUUCAAUUAAGUUUAUUUACUUCAAUAAAAUUUCAUUUAUUUACUUCAAUAAAGAAGUUUAUUUACUUCAAUAAAAUUUAUUGAAGCCUCAUUCUGUUUAUAUAGUUUUCCUUUGAAAAGCAAGUCAAACACAAAAAAUGAUUUUCUCACUAAUAUACAAGCUGUAGAUUAAAAAAAUCACCAAAGUAAGGAACAUGAAAAAAAUCAAACAUAUGGUCUUCGAUAAUUUGUUGAGAAACCGGGUCUGUAGAAAACUGAUGGUAGACUUCAAUUCUCAUUGUAGAUGAGCAAAAUUCAGUCGGCUAAAAAUCCAUUGUCAUAGCAGAAUAUCUUUAUAGGAUGCCAUCAUUUUGUUACUUUUUAAGAAGAAAUGUGUUUUAUUCGGCAAUCAUUAAGAUGUUUCGCGAAACAGUGUUUCAUCGAUAACAACUUAAAAUUCACGGUCUUUGCUCAACACUUUGUUGAAGCACCUUCUCCAGUAAUUCCGGUCUCGGGUCGUUUUGAGUCUGAUGCUACAAUCUUGGCACAACCUAUUUUUUUGCAGUUUCUCUCAUUCUUCUUUGCAGGACCUCCCGAGCUCCGUCAGGUUGGAUGGGAAGCUUCGGGGCACAGAAACAUUUAGGUCUCUUCAGGGUUCAGGCCAGGCCGCUCAAGGACUUUCACAGUGUUGUACCAGAGCCACACCUUUAUCAUCUUGGCUGUGUGCUUGAGGUCGUGGUCCUGUCGGAAGAUGAACCUUCGCCCCGGUCUGAGAUCCAGGGCGCUCUGGAGCAAGUUUUCAUCAAGGAUGUCUCAAUUUAACAAUAACAAUUUUAUUACUCAUGGUCUGAGCAGUCCAGGUUUUAGCUAAACUGUACUUGAACUCACCACCAGUAACGUACUGUAUAUUCAAAUAAAAUCUCACGGCAUUGUGUGAA